CUUAGAAUCUCUCUCUCUCUCAUAUAUGUCUUUCAAAAUUUGCUACAUUUGUUCUUCAUCAUAUUGAUCAAGCUCGCCCAUUUUUUCCGUUUUCCCAUUUUUCUAAAACAAAAAUUCAGAAAACGCUUUUCGGAAAAAGCUCAGAAUCAUCAAAGCUUUGGUAACUCAGUAAAAUGGAAGAAGAAACACUAGCGAGUUUAGAAAUUCCGGUGACAAAAUCUGUUGAUGGCGCUGAUGCCAAUGUCGACACCAUUAAGGGAGUAAAUGGGGACCUGAAAUCAGUAGAGAAAGAAGUGAAGAAAGAAGAGGAGGAAAGCAUGGAUGAUGGUGAAUUCAUUAAAGUUGAGAAGGAAUCACUGGAUGUCAAGGACAGUUCUGUUACUGUUGAAACAGCAUCUGCAGAAGAGAAGUCUGUUGUUAUUGAAAGGAGUUCAAGCAAUUCCAGUAGAGAAAUACUAGAAGCCCAAGAGAAGGUGAGAGAACUUGAGAGUGAGAUUGAAAGAUUAGCUGGCAUACUGAAACACUCAGAAUCCGAGAAUUCACAGCUGAAGAAUGAGGUUUCUGUUACAAAGGAAAAGCUGGAAGAAAGUGGACACAAGUACGUGGAGCUUGAACUCAGUCAUAAGAAGUUGCAAGAGCAAAUCGUUGAAGUUGAGGAGAAGUACGGUUUGCAGCUUAAUAUGUUACAGGAGGCAAUCCAAGGACAAGAAACCAAGCACAAGGAGUUGGUUGAGGUUAAGGAAGCAUUUGAUGGUAUUAACCUUGAGCUCGAAAGCUCUAGAAAGAGAAUGCAGGAGUUAGAGCAAGAGCUACAGACUUCAGCUGACGAGGCACAAAAGUUUGAGGAGCUUCACAAGCAAAGUGGCUUACAUGCUGAAUCUGAGACAAAGAGAGUGUUGGAGCUUGAGAGUCUGCUUGAAGUGUCGAAAUUGAGUGCAAAAGAGGUGGAAGAUCAGGUGGCUUCUAUGCAAGAGGAACUCAAGGGCUUGUAUCAAAAGAUCACUGAAAAUGAGAAGGUUGAAGAAGCAUUGAAGUCCACAGCAGCAGAGCUUUCUACGGUCCAUGAGGAGCUGGCACUUUCGAAAUCCCAAUUGCUGGUCUUGGAGCAAAGACUUUCUUCAAAAGAAGCACUUGUCAAUGAGAUGAGCCAGGAGUUGGAACGGAAAAGAACUCUGGAAUCUCAGAUGAAGGAGGAGAUUUCAGGUCUUGAAGGCUUGGCUUCUUCGACAAAAGAACAUCUUCAUACAAAAGUUUCUGAACUGGAAGAAACUAAAUUGAAGCUUCAAGAGGAAUUGGCUGCGAAGGAAUUGAUCGAAUCUUCAGUAAAAUCAUACGAAACACAAGUCUCUAAUUUUCAAAAGGAAUUGGCUAAAGUGCUUGAUGAAAAGAAUGCUCUUGGCGCAUCUGUGGUCGAGCUGACUGCUAAUCAAGAGAACUUGAAGGAAUUGUGUAAAGAUUCUGAGGAACGAGUGAAGCAAUCAGAUGAAGAAAUCUCAAAAGUCAAUACUCUUUUGUCUCAAGCUAUGUCGAACAAUGCUGAGCUUGAACAGAAACUGAAGUCUUUUGAAGAUCGUCACAUUGAAUCAAGUGCUACUGCUGCAACUGCUACUCAAAGGAGCCUUGAGCUUGAGGAUAUUGUCCAGUCUGCAAAUGCAGCAGUAGAAGAAGCAAAAUCACAACUGAGAGAGCUUGAAACACGCUUUAUAGAAGCAGAAAAAAAGAAUACGGAGCUUGAGCAACAGCUAAACUUGGUAGAACUUAAAAGCACUGAUGCUGAGAGAGGAAUGAAAGAAUUCUCCGAAAAAGCAUCUCAACUCAAUGUUUCGUUGAGAGAGGUUGAGGAAGAAAAGACACAGCUGAGUAGUCAAAUGCAAGAAUAUCAAGACAAGAUAGCCGAGCUGGAAUCUGCCUUAAAUAUGUCAUCUUCGAAGAAUUCAGAGCUUCAGGAGGAGUUGAAGAUUGCUGUGGCAAAAGGUUCUGAACAUGAGGAUAGAGCAACUAUGAUCCAUCAAAGAAGUAUUGAACUGGAAGGCUUGUAUCAGACAUCUCAUUCAAAAGUGGAGGAUGCUGGUAAAAAAGUAAGUGAGUUGGAGUUGUUACUUGAAGCAGAAAAGUAUAGAAUUCAGGAACUUGAGGAACAGAUAAGCACAAUGGAGAAAAAGUGUCAGGAUACUGAAGCAGAUUCAAAGAAAUCUUCUGACAGGGUAACUGAUCUUCAAGCUGAACUCGAGGCAUUUCAAGUAAGAACAGAAAGUCUUGAAAUUGCAGUGCAAGCAGCCGAUCAAAAGGAAAAGGAAUUGAUUGAAUCCUUGAAUUUAGCUACAGAUGAGAAGAAAAAGUUUGAAGAUGCAUCAAGUAGUACAAGUGAGAAGUUUGCUGAAGCAGAAAAUCUAUUGGAAGUCAUGAGGAAUGAAUUGAGUCUAACACAAGAGAAUUUGGAGAGUGUCGAAAACAGCCUCAAGGCUGGCGGACUAAGAGAAAUUGAGAUAACAGAGAAGCUCAAAUCUGCAGAGGAGCAACUGGAGCAACAAAGAAGACUAAUAGAGCAAACAACUGAAAAGAACUCUGAACUCGAAAUGUUACAUGAGUCCCUGAAAAAAGACUCGGAGAUUAAAAUUCAAGAAGCAAAAACAAAUUUUAUGGAUCGGGAUACUGAAGCAAAAUCUCUGUUUGAGAAGCUGAAUAUUUUUGAAGAACAAGUCAAGGUUUAUCAAGAGCAGAUUGCUGAAACAGCUGGAAAAUCUGCUUCCUUGACAGACGAAUUGGAUCAGACUUCAAAGAAACUGGCUUCUUUGGAGAGUGAAAAUGAAGAACUAAGAAAACAGAACUUAGAAGCAGAAAAAAAAAUCUCUCAAUCCUCCUCAGAAAGUGAACUAUUAAUAGAAACAAAUGUUCAACUCAAAAGCAAGAUUGACGAACUUCAGGAAUUAUUUAACUCUACUCUUUCUGAGAAAGAAACAACUGCUCAACAACUUGAAUCUCACAAAAGUACUAUUGCAGAAUUAACAGAUCAGCAUUCAAGAGCCUUUGAGCUUCACUCUGCUACCGAAACUCGUUUGAAGAAAACAGAAACACAAUUACAAGAAGCCAUUCAGAAGUUCAGUCAUAGAGAUUUGGAAGCCAAUGAAUUGUCUCAGACGCUGAGUGAGCUAGAAGUCCAACUAAGAUUGUUCGAAGAACAGGCUCGUGAAGCCUCAACAGUUGCUGACACUAGAAAGUUGGAGCUCGAAGAAACUCUCUUGAAACUAAAAAAUAUUGAGAGCAGUGCCGAGGAACUACAAAGUAAAUAUGCUCAGUCUGAAAAGGAGGGCCGAGAGCUAUGGGAGACAAAUGCAAUGCUCAAUCGUGACGUGGCUGUGUAUGAGGUCAAACUAAGUGAUUUACAGACUAAACUUGCUGCAACUCUUGCUGAGAAAGAUGAAACAGAUGAACAGCUCCGCAGUUCAACAAAGAAUGUAGAAGAUUUAAAACAACAACUUACUUCUGAUGGGGAGAAACUACAAUCUCAGAUAUCUUCAGUUAUGGAUGAGAACAACAUGCUAAACGAAACAUUUCAAAAUGCUAGAAAAGAACUUCAGUCUACCAUUCUCCAGCUUGAAGGGCAUUUGAAAGAAACCAAAGAAAAUAUCGACGCUUUAAAAGCUGAAAACGAGUAUCUUAAGACUGAGAUUGCUGAAAAAUCUUCUCUACAAUCUCAUUUAAAGGAACUUGAGGAACAUUUGUUAAAAGCCGAAACUCAGCUAAAAGAAGAGGUUGAAAGGAAUCAAUCAGUUUCUGCUGCAAGAGAAGCAGAAUUUACAUCAAAGUUAGAGGAUCACACAAAUAAAGCCCGUGAUAUAAACUUAUUAGAUGACCAAGUUGUUCAACUUCAGAAAGACUUGCAACUUGCUCAGGCCACCAUUGCUGAAUUGAGAGAUGCCGACUCUAAAAAGGAUUGGGAACAAGAAGCAGCAAAGAAGCUUUCUCAGGAUGAAAUUGAAGCAAAGAACAAACAAAUAACAUUUCUCGAGCAUCAUGUCAAGGAUCUUGAGCACAAGUUGCAGCUGGCUGAUGCCAAAAUAACAGAAAAGGGUGAUGGAAUCAAUCAAUCUGAGCUUAAAGAUGGUUUGGAAGUCAAAUCCAGGGACAUAGGAUUAAAUGUAUCUGCUCCUUCAAAACGGAAGAGCAAGAAGAAGUCAGAAGCAACAUCUGCACCGUCCUCUUCAUCGGAGGUCCGGACACAAACUGCCGAGCAUUCUCCUUUGAUGACCUUAAAAAUCACCUUGACUGUUGCUCUGGUGUCUGUGAUCAUUGGCAUCAUUCUUGGGAAAAGAUAUUAGCUUGGUAUCAUGGUUUUGGGUUUUGGCGCUUGAGUUUUUGUUUAUGGUUUCUUGUGUUUCAUAUUUUGAUAUAAGUUAUGCAGAGCAGAUUUUGAAAGCUUUCUUGUAUGCUUUCAAAAUUAAGGUUUUUGAGUUUGGUCAGGGAAUUUGUUUAAUCUUUAUCCCUUGUGCCUGUUUGGAAAGGAAAUACUAUUUAUUCAUGUAGUAUUCUUGUUUGUAUCUAGAUUUUUUUUAAUGGUAUUGCAGAUGUUCUCAGA